CCAUUACCCUUGUGUGUGCAGCUGAACGGAAGCGGCACCAAUCCUUUUCAGCUCCUUCUGCUCUCUUCAGCUAACAGAUCAGGACAGAGAAAGGACACACUGGUACUAACAUGGCAACUGUAAAAACUCUGCUUUGGCUGGGACUCUUUCUGUCUGCCUUCGGCAUAACCACUGCAGAUGUGAACUCAGUCCCCAGAGCACAAAAUGUCCACUGGGUGUCUCUGGACUUCACCACCCAUCUUCGCUGGAGUGUGACAUCCUCUGACUACACAUACACUGUCAGGUUUUCUGGUGAAGGAGCUAACUGGGAAGAAAGUCCUAAUUGUAUCCAAAUAUCAGCAUCAGAAUGUGACCUGACACAGUCCCUAAAAGCCUCGGAUAGGGCCUACUCUGCUGAUGUUCUAACAGAAAUCACGGACAUGGACUAUGAACUCCCUCACACUUAUUCUUCCAAGUUCAAUCCCUAUAGAGAGAGUAACAUCAGUGCUGUGGGAUUCACUGUGGAGCCAUUGGAUCAUAGAAGAGUAAUAGUGAACAUCACAGAUCCUUUAACCUCCAUUUAUGAUCGUCAGAAGCAGCUCAGCAUCAGGGACAUUUUCAAAAAAGAUCUUAAUUAUAAGAUCAGCUACUACAAGUCUGGAAGCACAGGAAAGAGAGAUGUGAUAUCAAACUCAAGUAUGACACAGAUACAGGGGCUGGAUGAAGGAGAGAGUUACUGUUUCAUGGUGGCAGCGUUCAUCAUCUCCAGACCCAAAGCCACUCAGCAGGGAUCCUGGAGCAUGCAACAGUGCACAGAAAGAGCCUCGGGCAUCCCCCUAGGUUUGAUUGUUGUUGCAGGCUUCAUCAUGUUAACAGUCCUCAUCGUCAUCGUCACAGUGACCGUCCUCUGCUGUCGCCAGAGAAACAAAACUCUCCAAACGUCUCAGUCAUCAGCACCAGUGUAAAGUGCUUGGGUUAAGUUUGCUCUCUGAAGCCAAGUUUACACUGUAUUAUGGGUAUUAUUUCUUUAUUUCAUAUUCAAGUUCUUUAUUUAGUUGACACUGAAAGUAAAAGACUUCAUCAAGAAUUUGGUUUUUCACGUUUACCCGUGCUUGUCCUUUCAUUUGUGCGAUCAUCGGGUACAUCAGGAAAACAGCAACCAAAACCAGUCUGCUACAUCAAAGUCAUGAUUUGUGUCUAAAUGAUUGGAUUUUGUCAAACUGAGUGAGCUUAUUAGAAUGUUCAUGCCUGAAGUACAGCAUCAUUUAUUAGCCUGUCUUUUGGUGGAAUCUGCGUCCAACUCAAUUUUAGUUUGCAUGGAGCUCAUUUACUGUAAAGUCAUUUUCAUUAAACAACAUUUCUUUUUCUAAAUUAACUGAAAUAUAUUAUUAAGUCACAAUCACAGUUUAUCUGUAAUCUUCAUUUAUAAAAAUGUUUAAAUGGUUUAAGAUUAUAGAAAAAGCAAAUAGUUUGACAAGUAUUUUGGUAAAUGUGCAGCACAGUGGUGGGGUAGUUAGCACCUGGGUCCUGGGUUUAGUUCCAGCAUCUGCCUGGAGCCUUUCCUUUCACGUCAUGUCUGCGUGGGUUCUCUCUGGGUACUCUGGCUUCCUCCCACAGUUUAAAGACAUGCAGUUACUGGGGUUAAGUUUGGUGAAUGUAAAUUGCCCAUACGUGUGAAUAGUUGUCUGUCUGUCUCUCAUUUCUCCUUGCAAAACAUUGGCACCCUGUCCAGGGUGUACCCUGCCUUUCACCCCAUGGCACCUUGGACAGGCUCUUGCCCACUGUGACCCUGAACUGGUUAAGCAGAAGAAGAUGGACGGACAGCUGGUAAUUGAAGCUGUUGCAAGUUCGUUUUGAUGUCAUAUCUGCAUCAGUUUGAUGUGCUGUUUUGUCAGGAGUUACUUAGGAAGACUUUCCAACAUAUUUGUGUGUCUGAGCCAAAUCUUUUGCCUUUUUCUUCUUUUGGACCCAGUAUGUUUCAAAUUUGAAUGUUCAGGUCUUAUAAUUCACCACUGCUGGCUAGUGAACACAGUGGACUCUUUAGCAGCUAUUUUCUCCCGAGUGGGGGGAGACAAAAGGUCCAUGAAUUAUUCUAUUUGUAUAUAAAUAGCGUUAAAUAAAAGCUGAAGAUUACUUUACUACUUUUAUCUCAUCUUGUUGUUUUCAUCGAUAAUUCAGAUCCCAAAUGUAGCAGAAACAUCAAUUUCAUACUUCUGUCAACAGCCACUGCUGGUGAGCCCUCUUGUAUCCAUUGUACUCAUUUUCAGUAAACAAAGGCUGGUCUUGGGCCCAGCUGGCCUGCCCCAGCACCAGGAAUUCAGCGCUUCCUAAGUUGGAGCCAUGUGUCAGCAGAUGCAGCUGACAGAUCAUUUUUUCAGCUUUCACUAUGUAACAUUCAGGCCAGAUUCAAAGGCGCUACAGCAGAACUGGCCCCCUACCUGUCUGAACAGAAGCUUUCCAUCCUUGUCUUUGAAAUUGUCUGUGAAUUGCCUAAGAACAGGUAAUCAAAGACACCUAGUCUUUGAUUUAUGACUAUCUGAAGGUAAAAAUGUUUCAGAUAUGAAACAAUUCUUUCUUACAAAGCACAAUUAAUAAAACAUCUCCAAAUUCCUUAUCAAUCCAAUCUUAUCCUUUCACUACGCACCUCUUUACCCCACAGCUGGUGGUGGCUCAUGACUGCCCUUCCCAGAGCCCAGUCUUGUUGGAGGUUUCCUCCUGUUAAAAAGGGAGUUCCUUUUUCCCACCAUUGCCAAGUGCUGACACUCAGGGGUCAUCUGAUAGUUCUCGCUUUGUAUUGGCAGCAGGAACAGACAAUAGAGAUGGAAAAGCAGACCGCACUAUGGCUUGCAGAUGACUUUUAUUUCUUAGUUUUUUCAUCACACAUUUAAGACACCAAAUCGUACAUUAGACAUAAAUGAAUCAUCAUCACAAUAAACCAUGGCUGCAUCAUGACAAAACACAGAAUUUCUUCUGAAUAUGCUGUCCUUCGACCAUAGCUUUGGAGCACAUACAUAUACAUCGUAGAAAACACACACACUUCAAAGAAUGAAAAGCUCCACAGGGAACUUGAUGUCUGCCUCUCUGAACAGUAGAACAGCUCUGCCAAUGCUUUGGGUAAUAUUCUUAUCCUGUGUGGGUAAGUAAAGGCAGCCGGUAAAAUGAGCAUAUAGAUAUUUUAAAUCAGAGAAAUGAACAGCUUUCUGUGUAUAUAAUACAACUAAUUGCAGACCUUGUCAUUUUUAGUGUGUGCUGUAUGUGUCUAUGUACAGUGAUGCAUUUUUGCUUUUUUUGGAUGUUACCUUGGCAAUCGAUUAAAACAUACUUUAGCCCUGGAGA